AUGAAGACCAAUAGCCUCGCCCUCGCUGUCGUGAGCAGCCUCAUCGGGCCUUGCAAGGCCGCUCUGCGUUUUGGGUGCUCGUCGCUGAGCGUCCAGCGCCUUGACCCCGUCGUCCAGCCGGGGAUGAUGCCGUCGUCCCACGUUCACCAAAUUGUUGGCGGCAAUGCUUUCAACGCUACUAUGAACUCAGCAGUUGAGUUACCGGCUAAACUUGCUACCUGCACGACUUGCUUCUUUGCCGAGGACUUUUCCAACUAUUGGACGGCUGUCAUGUACUUCAAGCACCGCAACGGGACCUACCACCGUGUACCUCAGUACGCCAAUGCAAUGUUGGAGGGAUCGACGCAAGGCAUGACGAUCUAUUACACCCAGCAAGACUUCAACUCGAACGGAAACCAGAAGAUCACCGCUUUCAAACCAGGCUUCCGCAUGACUGUGGGUUCACCCACCGCCACCAACACGGCCACUGGUCUUCGAUAUGUCUGCCUUCAGAACUCCCUCACGCGGUUCCCCGAGCUACCCGAGUGGCCAAAACAGCCCUGCAGGGGUGGCAUCAUGACGGUUCAUCACUUUCCAGCCUGCUGGGAUGGAAAGAAUCUCGACAGCCCAGACCAUCAGUCUCAUAUGUACGCGACCACGAGAGACGCCUUCGCCCCGGCAGGGCCUUGUCCGGCAUCCCACCCGGUCCGCAUGCCGCAGGUCGCCUACGAGACACUCUGGAACACAACCAUGUUCAACGACAAGUCCAUGUGGCCUGAAGACGGUUCCCAGCCCUUCGUCUGGAGCUUUGGCGGCUCUGCAACUGGAGCCGGCACCCAUGCCGACUACCUGUUUGGCUGGAAGGACGACACCCUGCAGCGCGCCAUGGACUCGAGCUGCAUGUUUGAUGCCUGUGGUCAGAGUGUGCUCAAGACGCAGACACCAGCACAGAUGAACGCAUGCAAGCUCAAGAGUACUGUCAAUGAGAACGUCGAUGGCUGGCUCACCGCUCUUCCGGGUCAAGGUAUGCCAAUGUGA